AUGGCAAAGUUUUUCGAAAAUAUAUGGGAAAACAUACUUGUAAUAGUCUUGGGAGUUUUGCCUCUAGUUUAAAAUUUAGUUGGUUUAGUAUGGAAGAAACAAAAUAAAAGUAAGAACUCAUGCAUCUAAGGAUAGACUAUAAGGCUGCGUAGUUAAAAUUUAAAGAAAAGAGAAAUAUUUUUAUUUUGAAUCUAUGUUCAAUUUACACAAAAAUAGCAAUUUUAUGUAUGUUUACACUUUUGUCAAUAUUACAAAUAGUCAUCAACACAUAAUUUCAUUCAGAGUAUAUUAUGUUAUUUUUAACUAGUUAUGUUUUGAUUAUAAUUAUAGAAUUUUGUUAGAUAAUUAAUUAUUUGUUGACAGGAUUACAAGUAUUUGAAGAUGCAGAUAAAUAUGGAUAAACAACAUUUGUUACUCAAUUCAAUCUUAUUGUAUUUUAUGGAAUAUCUAUAUAGUUGCAAUUUUUAUGUUUUUGUGGUUUUGCUAUUAUCUUAUUUACUUGGUAGAAUAAUAAUGUAGAUAAAUUUGUGAUCAGACAUGAAGACAUUAGUUGUUGGUUAAUGUUUAUCUUAAGAGGAGUAGUCCUUUUAUUAUUUUCAGUCUUGGUGUUCUUUAUGCCAUAAGAUAAAAAGCUUCUCUAAACUGUUGUAUCAGAAUACAAAUACAAAAAAUAAAUGCUUGGUAAUGAUGAAGAAACCUAAAUAAGGUAAUAAUUAUUAACAAAUGAAUCCACUUUUACAUUUUGUUAACCAGACUCUUUAAAAUAAUAAGAGAUUACAAAUAUAGAAGUGAAAUCUUAUUAAGACAAUAAGGAUAUAAAUACAUAAAGAAAAUAUAUCAUUUAUGAAAUUACUUUCAAAUAUCAGGGCAAACAUAAAAUAGUAUUUAGAUCUUUCAGUGAUUUCUUAACAUUUCAUAGAGAUUUAUCAUUAACAUAUCCAUAAAUAAAAUUACCUUAAUUUCCAUAAAUGACAAGAUAUCUCACUCCAUAAGACAUUGAUAAUAGAAGAUAAUAAUUAGAUUUAUUUUUAUAAGGAAUAUCUAUACAAUUUAAUGAUAAUGAAUUGCUGUUAGAUUUUUUGAAUGCUACUGGAAAGUGUUUACAAUACAAACCAAGAAUACCUUUACCAUAACAAUAACAAUAGUAAAGACCAAAAAAGAUUGCAACAUAGUAAUAAUAUUCAAAAGCAAAAUCUAUAUAAAGUUUGAUACCAGAAACUAUUUGGGAAGGAUAAAAUGAUGAAGAUGAAGAGAGUAUUGAAGUAGAUACAAGAAAAACAAAGAAGGCUUCUACAUAUAUAAAAUUAUAAUUUGGAGAAGAAACACAAUAUUAAAGAUUUAAUAGUGCUAAUGAUCUUGAUGAUGAUCAUAGAACCUUUGAUUAUGAGAAGCCUUCAGAUGGUAUUAAUAUAUAUAUGAUAUAUUUUAUAGAUUAAAUAGGCUUUGAUUAAUUUUAAGAUAAUGAUCACUCUUUUGAAGAAGAAGAAAAACAUUCAUCACAAAAUAUGAUGACAAUGUAAUGAGAUUUAUUUUGCUUUAUCUACUAUUUAUAUAAAUAUAUUUAUAAGAAAAAUAUAUGAGACAUAAACCUUAAGCUUAAGUUCCUUAAUAGAUAUUGCCUUAAAAGUAGGCUAAUACACUUAAACCUUGAGAAAGGUUUAGAUGAAAAUUUAAUUUAAGUAGACCAGGAUUAACAAAUCAUCAAAUUAGAAAGGCAUUCAAUCUUUUUGAUUCAGAAGGAACUAGAAGAGUAGAUCCAAGUAAAUUAAAGUUAGUUAUGAAGAAUUUAGAUUUUGAUUAAAAAUUUCACUAAUUCCCAUAUGAUUUUGGAAAUUGAAACUGAAGAAUAUUUAGUGCCAGAUAAGAGAUAGAAUUGAUAUUGAUUUUGAUUAACUUUUAGACGAAACUAAAUCUAAUAUAGAUAAUCAAGAAUUGAGAGAUGGAGUCCAUAAAAUAUUUGAUUAAUUUGAUGAUUAUGGAAGUAAUAGCAUUAAUUUGAAUAAUUUGAAUAAAGUAAAAUGAGAAUUGAUAAGUUAAGUAUCAAAAGAAUUAGAUGAGACUAUGAAAGUUUAAGAAUUAAUUGAAUUUUUGGAAUGUGCAGCUUAAAAUGGUAGAGAAAUUAAAAGAAAAGUCUUUAAUAAUAUCAUGGGUUAAGGGGACAUUUUGAUAUCCUUUGAGAUAACAUAAUAUAUAUUUAUAUAUUUAAUAAUAAAAUGA